AUGUCAUCCGAUUCCUCACCCGUUCUUCUCCGUCCUAAACCAUCCGAUUUCCCUCGUCCGACGUCUCUGCACCUCCCGGCGAGCAUCGACGCCCAAGGGAUUGUCGCCACCUCCUCUUACAGUCCCUUUCCGACAUUUCCAGGUGCUCGUGAUCCUCAUGGUUUGGAUCAGUACCUCCUACAUCCUUCUGACCCGUCAUGGCUCUACACGGAUCCUUCGCCAGCCAGUUCAGAUCAUUCAGAUUCCGAAACCGAAUCGACCUCCAACAGUCUGGCCACCCCACCGUCCAUGUCUAAACGCCAUUCGUUCAGUAUGAAUCGGAAACCGUCACCGCUGUCACAACCCCCUGUCAGCGGCACGAAAGCGGCUCAGGCUGGACCUUCUAUGCAGCGGAAUCGAAGUGACCUGGGUGGAUCAUUGACGAUGAGUCAACGGGCUUCAUCAUCUUCAUCGUUGCAUAGACGACCCCCAGUUCAGCCUAUCCCUCUGCCCGACUUCACACCUGGCUCCGCAAGCAUGACAAUCGAACCAUCGUCCAGCAGUUCGAAUGGGAAAUCCUCGCUUCGAAAAGCUCUGACAUUCUCUCGGAAAUCAUUCCUUGGCAAAGAUCCAAUGACGGCUGCUCCUCCUCCUCCUCCGCCUCAGCCUGAAACCCCUCCGCCCAUUCCUCUGACACCUCGACUCGCCAGCCGAAGUGAUUCCAGCCAUAGUGCAGUGUCCUCUGCAUCCUCCACGUCAAGCGGCGAAGAAGUCAAGACACCAAAUGAGGCGGUCAUUGUCUCUUCGCAGAUCGAAGUUGCUGGUGGUAAGCUGGCACAAGCUCUCGCAGAAGCGGACUCUGGCGAUUCUUCAAGACGCAAAAAUUGGCGUGGCUGGCUAGGCGGGAAACGAGGUACGAAAUUGACCGCCUUGGCCAUGUCCAGUCAGACAAGUCUUGCCAGUCAAGAGUCUAGCCCACAUUCCACCACUACUCCUUCGCUACCUCGAGCCGGAUCCCCAGUGGUAGCUUCCAUCGUGGCUGCUGAACCCUUGUCUCGAUCAUCGUCCGAAAAAUCCUUCUCCAGCGUCAUUGCAAGUGAACAGCUUCGACGCCUAUCGCUCCAAAAGCUCUCUCAAUUCCGAUCCCCAUCACCUCACCCCUUGACCCUGACCCUCAAGAGACAAUACUGCAACUUCCCGAGCGAGAUAGCUACCUCGAUCCGAUCCGGUCAAAAAGUCUACCCGCUCUCCGUCAAUGUCGUCGACCCCGAUGCCCCAAUGAGCCCAGCUCAAGGUGGACUGGUGACUUCUCUUGCCAUCCGAUGCGUGUUGCAGAAGCUUGAACAAGGUCAAACCCCACCUCGUCUGACUCGUAAAACACCUUCAAAGCGGUCCAUUAUGCGUCGGCCUCGAGGCGUGUUGGACUUUAUCAAUCGCCCUCCGUUCGAGGAGCGGAAUCUGGUCUUCUACCCCAAUGGUACGGUUUCCCCCAUAUCGAUGGCUAGACCAGGAUACGGCGUAUGGGAUCUUGACUUUUCAUCAUAUAUCCUCGCCCUAUCGCAGGUCGACGAGUUGCCGGGAGAUGACGGUUGGCCGAUCAUCCCCAGACCCAGUAUCGGUACGGACAUCGAUGAGUUGGAAGGUGUCAUGGACAUUCCGGACAUCACCACGACGGCGCCGGAAGAGAGCAAGGAGAGUGCAGCGCUGGAUGAAGUCGAUGCGAACCUUCUUCCCGGGAUCACGUUCACCCUCUCGGCCAGCAGUAGCAGUAGUGCGCUGAGUGAGAGUGGUGCAUCGACCGACGUGGGGCCCAACGACAUUGUCGACCUCCCUCAGUCCUCUUUCAAGCGGGCAAGUAGGAUUCUGACGUGGGACGAGAGCUCUGAGGACUCAUCCGAUGAAGAGAGCGACGAUGAGGAUGAAGAUAGUCCUGUCGUGAAGCCUCUUCAACAUCGCCGGAGCUUCCCGAGUAUGCCUACGCCAUCAUCGCAGGACCUGGCACCUCCUUCCUCACCUCGACUUCGCGCCUCUUCCCAAGCUGGUCAAGAAGCCGAUCGUCAAGCGUUCAGAAGGUCUGUCCGAGAGAGCGUCCUUGUCUCGAGAGAAUCACGCUCGAGUGUCGCUCGGGAUGGGCGAAAGGUUGCACGGUUCGACGACAGACCUGAUCCCACGGUCAUGGACCAAGUGGCCAGAGCGAGAGAGAGGCGUAAUGCGAACAACGCUGGAGAAGGUGAACGACGAGCUGAAUCUGAGCGGCGACGUGAGCAGGAAACUUCCCGACAACAAUCCAGGGGCGAAACGAAGAGUCUUCCGACAUCUGCGGGUCCGCCCGUAGGGACAUACAGCUCACAUCUGCCAGCGAAUGGACCCGCUCGCCUACCCAGCGUUCAGGUCUAUGCGGCAUCGCCUCGCCCAUCCAAUGCCGACUCUCGCGCCGCAGCGCGCUCACAGAGCUUCUACGGAUCCUUCCCUCGUCAACAACAGCGGACAUCUGACUCGGCCCGCAAGACCUCCUUACCGGUCAGUCCGCACAUGCAACCUGGUACCAAGAAAUACCCCUCUUUCUACGAACUGGCCGGUCAGACGUCUCACCACCACCAAGCCCGUCAGCCAUCGCCUCAUCAGACUCAUGUGGGCCAUCCGGGGAUGGGUUACGCAUCUCAUCGUCAUGCUCCGCACCACUCUCAUGUCUCACAACACGGUGGCAUGUACCCUCAACCAUCGCCUCAAGCCCUGUGGGGAGGUCAACCUGGCUACGUUGGGGAACUGGGUCAAGCGUAUCGACCAUUCAACAGUCUACCCAGCGUUGGGUCGAUGAACCAUCUGGGUGCUCCGAGAGGCACCGUGCCUUCGCUUGCUGUACCUCACGGAGUCGCUUCUCCUCGACGUAAAGCGAGGAUGGCGUAG